AUGAAUGAUUUAAAUUUAUCAAAACUAUCAUUAGAAGAAUCUAAUGAUGGUAAAAAUUCCCCAUCACAUCCAAGACAACGUAUUCAAUUCUAUCAAGAUGAAUCAACAACCACAUCAUCAUCACCUUCACAACAAAAUCAACAACCACCACAAAUGUAUGAACAACAAUCACCAACACCACAAAUGUAUGAACAACAAUCACUAACACCACAAAUGUAUGAAAAACAACCAUUACCAGAAAUGUAUGAACAAAACCAGGUACCUUCAACAACACAAUACUACCAACAACAACAACAACAACAACAACAACAACAACAACAACAACAACAACAACAACAACAACAACAACAACAACAACAACAACAACAACAACAACAACAACCAUAUUAUAGUAAUAAUGGUUUUGAUAUUCCAACACAAACAAACCCACAACAUAGCGAAAUUACUUCACUUGAAUUUGGUAUUGAUUUACCAAGUGAUGGUGGUAAUAUGAGUGGAAUAACAAAUGAUAGUAUUCAAACAGGUAGUUGGUUUGAUGAUAUAUUAAAUUAUCAAAAACAAUAUUUUAAUAGCAGUAAUAAUAGUAACAGCAAUAAAGCAACAACAACAACGACAGUUCAACAAACUUCUAAUGAUGAUAUAGAAAAUUAUUUAAAAGAUCACAUUCAAAAUAAAAUAAAAGAAAAUCAAGAACAAAAACAAUACACCCAUCCAAUCAAUAUGGAAUAUGGUAUAGAUCAAAGUGUAUUAUCAUCAUCAACAUUAAUAUUCAAUAGACAUGAUCAAUUUAAUAAAUCAAAUUUACCAAAUGGUUUCUUAUUAUCACCUUUUUAUCAUCCAAUUUCAACGCCAACCUCUUAUGAUUAUCAUCCACCACAAUGUGAUAAUUGUUAUUCCUAUGUAAAUAUAUAUUGUAAAUUAAAUAAACCAUUGGAAGUAACAAAUAAUAGUAAUAGUAAUAGUAAUAAUAAUAAUAAAUCAAAAAAAGGAAAAACCUCUUCACUUUCAUGGACUUGUUCAAUUUGUUUGAAUGAAAAUUUAAUUGAUGAUGGUAAAAGUGGUGUAAGAAAUAUAUUAGAUGUUGUUAAAGGUUUAGGCUGGUGGAGUACAAAUCAUUAUAAAUCUGUAUUCUCUUCUGAAACUUUUGAUAUUAAAAUUAAAAAAAGAAAAUCUUAUAAAUCAAAAUCAAUUGCUAGUGUAAUUGAUAAUGGUAUUGAUAAUGAUGAUGAUGAUGAUGAUGAUGAUAAUGAAAAUAAUAUUAAUUCUGCAAAAAAUAAUAGUAUUAAAAAUAAUGAUAAUAAUAAUAGCACAUAUAUUUUUAUAAUUGAUGAAAACAUUUCAACAACAGAUUUAAAAGAAAUUAAUGAAUCAAUUAGAUUAUUAACAAAAGAAUUACCAGAUAAAAGUAAUGUUGGUAUAAUUACAUUUUCAAAGAAUAUAUCAAUAUUUGAAAUGAAUUCAAUUAAUAAUGAUGAAAAGAGUAAAGAGAGUUUAUUAGGUUUUAACUCUGCAAAAUUAAUUAGUGGUGCAAAUUCCCUAAGUCAACAAAAACAUUUACUUAAAAGAAGAAGAAAACUUUAUUUAGAAACAAUUGAAGAUAAUAAAAAAAUGAUAAAUGAUAAUGAACUUCAAGUUAAAGAAAGAACACCAAAAUUAAAUUCAAUUUUAACAAGUUUAUUAGAAACAUUUGAAAAUAAUGGUGAUCAAAUAGUUUAUGAAAGUAAACCAAUUUCAUUAGGUGUUGCAAUUGAGAGUGCAAUGUCAUUAAUUGGUAGUGGUGGUGGUGGUGAUGAUAAUGAUGAUGAUGUUGUAGAAAAUAGUUCUAGAUUCUUUGUAUUUUUAAAUGGUUCACCAGAUUAUGGUCCUGGUUCAAUACCAAAGAUGCAAAGUGGUUUAUUUGUAAAUGCAAGUAGUAUUGGUGGUGGUUCAAAAAAUAAUAAUGAAAGUGGUAAUGGAUUUAAUUUAACUACUGAAGAACAUGCUCAAUUGAAUAAUGCAUAUCAAUAUUAUGAACAUUUAGGUGAAAAAGCAUAUAGUUUCGGCAUUGCAAUUGAUAUUGCAUUGAUUGGUUAUAAUAAUUUCGAGAGUAAAGUUAUCUCUAAACUUUGUAAACCAUCAGGAUUUAUGACAUCAUCUUUAGAGGCAUCACAUGGUAGAAAUGGUCAAUCGGUAAAGGGUGAACGUGCAAACAUAUUGUUCUCAAAUAUGAAUAAUGCAAUCAUAAAGAAUAGUGGUAUCUUUGGUCAAUUGGAUAUACAUUGUCAUGACUCGGUGAGUUUAACUCAUUUAAUUGGUCCAACAAUUAAUAAUUCAGAUAUUAAAAACAAUAGAUUAAUUCAAUCAUUCAAUAGACAUUGUGAAAAUGAUGAGGAUCAAUUAAUUUCAACCGAUCAAGUUAAUGAUAGAUAUACAAGUUUCAUCAUAUCAAAUUUACAACAAGAUAUUUGUUUCUCUGUUUACUAUAAUCUUCAAGAGGAUAUACCAUUGGAUUAUAUUCAUUUCCAAUUUGUAAUUCAUUUAAUUAAAGCUAAUGGUGUUAAAAUCUCAAGAGUAAUUACAAAACGUUUAAAAAUCACUGGUAAUUUCGAUAGAUUCUUAUCUUCAAUUGACCUUAAAGUUACCACAACUCUCUUGGCAAAGAAAUUGGUUUUACAAUCUCUUAAAGAUCAAUCUUCAAAUAUUCAAUUUGAAUUGGAUAAACAAGUUAAAAAAAUUUGUUUAUCUUGUUCAAAAAUUGAAAAAGGUUGGUUUAAAAAAUCAAUUAUUAUUCCUGAUAUAAUUAAAAAUGAAUUUUUAAAAUUAAUUUAUAAAAUUAGAAGAGGAUUAUUAUUUGGAUCAAUUAUUCAAAAUAAUGAUGAUUUAGUUAUUCAUCAAAAUGAUUUAUUAAAUUCAAAUUUUAUAGAUUGUCAAAAACUUUUAUUACCAAAAUUAUUCCAAUUAAAUAAGGCUAGUAAUCAAUUUAAUAAUAUUCCAUUAGAUAUUUGUUCAAUUAAUCCAAAUGUUAUAUUGAUCUUAGAUUGUUUUACAAAUAUUUAUAUAAUGAUUGGUAGUGAAAUGAAUGAUGACACUGAAAAAUUAAAACUCUUAAAAGACCACAUUGAAUAUACCACUCACCAAAGAAUACCAUCGCCAUGUGUUAUGAAAUUCAAUGAAAAUGGUCAUGAUAUUAGAUGGAUGAAAUCAAUUUUAUCAAGUUCUGAAUCUUAUCCAAUUCAAGAAAGAAUAAACAUCAUUAAAGAAAUAUAUCCAGAAUAUAAAGAUUUAGAUAUUAAUCAAGAAUUUUUGAAAAGAUUUGAUGACCCAUUUUCUUCAAAUGAUACAACUCCUGCUCAAUUUGAAAGAGAAAUUACAACAAAUCUUUUAUAA